AUGUCGCAGAACAAUUCAACUGGUCUGAUUAAUCCCGAAAGAACUUACAAUAAUGUAACUCUGAAAAACCUGACAGCGUUCCAAUUGCUAUCUCAAAGAGAGAACAUAUGCGAGUUAUUCGACCUGGUAGAGGGUACUGAAAGACACGACGGUAUUAUCAACCCUGCAACACAAAGGAGCAAUUUGGAAAAAAUGAAGAAAAUGCUGGAUGGUUUAAAAAAAGAGGUAAAAAAGUAG